AUGUCGAGCGUUAUCAACAGUGCAAGUUUCAUUGGCAGUCACUGGAGGGUGUGGACAGUAGUAGGAGCUGCCCCAUAUACACAGUUCAGCUGGCAAGGACUUUAUUGCAUCUACGCCAUAUCAAUCAAUCUGCUGGUGACGCUUUGCUUUCCACUGCACCUGGGCGCCAAACUCUUCAGCAAUGCAGCCAUAAUAGAUGAUCUUAAGAAUCUUACGAACUUUGUAGCGACGAUAUCCUGCUCGCUUAAGAUAAUCUUCUAUGCGUAUAAUCUGCAGCAAGUGCGACACAUGGAGCAGCUGCUGGCAAUUUUGGACACACGCAUUCAGGGCUCGGCACAACGCCAGAUUUAUAAUCAAAUGUGCAAGCAGCUGCGAAGCUUAAUCAUUAUAUUUGCAUGUGUUUGUGUGCUCGUCAGCGCUUCUGCAGAACUGAGCUUUGUAUUUCAAGCGGAGCGCAAGCUUUUGUAUCCUGGCUGGUUUCCCUUCGAUUGGCAGCACUCUACACUGAAAUUUUACGCCGCACACGUUUAUCAAAUUGGCGGCAUUAGCUUGCAAAUUGCACAAAACUAUGCGAGCGAUUCCUUUCCCGUUGUUCUCUUUUGUUUAACAUCAGCGCACAUUCAAAUGCUUUACAAGCGCAUUGAACAGUUGGGCGUGGGGUCAGAGCUGGAGGUGGAAACUGAACUGGAAGCCUGCAUCACAGAUCACAAACAUUUGUUAGAACUUUUCGCAACACUCGAGUCCUUAAUAUCCUGGCCAGUGUUCAUACAGUUUGGCGCUUCCGCACUCAAUAUCUGCAUUAGCAUUGCCGCCAUGCUCUUUUUUGUUACCGAACCAAUGGCCCGCGUAUCUUUCUUCUUCUACGCUCUGGCCAUGCCCAUGCAAAUCUUUCCAACCUGUUACUAUGCAACCGAUGCAGUGCUUUGGUUUGGCAAGCUGCACUAUGCGGCCUUUAGCUGCAACUGGCUGACGCAGCAACGCAGCUUCAAGUGCAAGCUGAUGCUGUUCGUGGAGCGCUCCUUGAGGAACGAUCCCGCUAAGGCUGGUGGAAUGGUGGGCAUUCAUGUGAACGCCAUAUUCGGCACUCUAAAACUCGCUUAUUCGCUGUUUACUCUCAUUCUACGAAUGCAAAAAUAG